GUCAUUUGUCAUGUGACCGGAAACAGUCGUGCAUCGAUACAGGAAAUGUUUCCAUGUUGACGACGUUCCCGUUUUUAUCCGUAAAAGUUCACAGCCUAAACAGACUACGGCUAAAUUAUAUGUUACUGUUUUGUAACGUAUGUUGGUAAUGUAAGGAAGUAACACAGUCGAGAACCAAGUCCAGGUGAAAUACUGUCUGUAGCGCGGUCCCAUUUCCGCCAGUGUCGGCUGGGAGAGGUUCGCUUGGGUUCCCUGACUAGGACCGUCCUGAAGUCGAAGCCGCGUUAGCUAGGAGCUAGCAUCACCGGAGCGAGCCAUGGCAGUUGUCAACGAAGGAGCGCUGAAGAAAAUGCUGUCUAAGCAAUACAAGUACAGAGAUCUGACCGUCCGGGAAAUCAUAAACGUCAUCUCUCACUACAAAGAUCUGAAGCCCGUGAUGGAUGCUUACGUGUUUAAUGAUGGGUCAAGCAGAGACUUGAUGAGUCUAACAGGAACUGUUCCAGUCAGCUACAAAGGAAAUGUUUACAACAUCCCCGUUUGUUUGUGGCUUCUGGACACCUACCCGUUCAACCCACCCAUCUGUUUUGUGAAGCCCACCAGUACCAUGAUGAUCAGAACAGGGAAACACAUAGAUGCCAAUGGAAAGAUUUACCUCCCCUAUCUGCAUGAGUGGAAGCACCCUCAGUCGGAUUUGUACGGCCUAAUCCAGGUGAUGAUAGUGGUCUUUGGGGAGGAGCCUCCAGUGUUUUCUCGGCCCACCGCUCAAGCUCCCUACCAGGCAUUCCAGGCUGCCGGUCCUCCAAACACUUCCUACAUGCCCGGAAUGCCAACGGUGUCGCCCUACGGAUCCGGUAUUGCUGCCAAUACCAGUGGAUACCCAGGGUAUCCGUACCCCAGUGGAAACUCGUACCCUGGUGCGGCUGGUCCAGGCCACUAUGGGCCCCAGCCCCCUGUCACCACUGUCGGCCCAAGCCGUGACGGCACCAUUGGAGAGGAUACCAUCCGUGCUUCCCUCAUCUCAGCGGUGAGUGACAAGCUUCGCUGGAGGAUGAAGGAGGAGAUGGACCGGGCCCAGGCAGAGCUGGAUGCCCUCAAGAGGACCGAGGAGGACCUGAAGAAAGGCCACCAGAAGCUUGAGGACAUGGUGUCUCGUUUGGACCAGGAAGUGACGGACGUGGACAGGAACAUCGAGCUCCUGAAGCGUAAGGAUGAGGAGCUGACCACCGCCCUGGAGAAGAUGGAGAGCCAGUCUGAGAACAAUGACAUUGAUGAUGUCAUCGUGCCCACGGCACCCCUCUACAAGCAGAUCCUCAACCUGUACGCCGAGGAGAAUGCGAUCGAGGACACCAUCUUCUACCUGGGGGAGGCGCUGCGGCGCGGGGUCAUCGACCUCGAGGUUUUUCUCAAGCACGUGCGUCUCCUGUCCCGCAAACAGUUCCAGCUGCGAGCUCUGAUGCAGAAGGCUCGCAAGACGGCCGGCCUCAGCGACCUCUACUGACCUCGGUGACCUCAGCAUCACUGGGUACUUGAGCCUUUUUCAGCCCUUUUUUCAGACCGGUACUCUCUCUUCACAUAGUGGCACUUGUUCCCCACAGCUUUUGGACUCAAAUAUGCUGGGCCACAGCAAACAGAGUGCAUGUGUGUGCGCAAGAAAGAUCAUCGAUUCUCAACAGGAUGAAAACGGGAAACGUAUCACUUGGGGGAGAUUAAUAGAAAAAUUCUUGGUUAAAUGAGGGGUGGAGUAUUUUAACCUUUUCUGUAUAAUUAAACAUCAAAUGUAUACGUUU